UUUAUUCCUGACCUCGUUAGGUAUGAUUGCCCUGUUCUUUUUGUUGGAAUCAAUCCCAGCGACAAGGCGCCCUUCCGAACAAAGAAUCACUUUUUUGGGGGCCGCGGCAAUUGCUUUUGGACAUGCUUCUCAAAUUCAGGCUUGCUUCGAGAACAGUAUGAUGCCACCGCUGACAAGACAGUCUUUGACCGUUACAACGUGGGGUUCGUCAACCUUGUUCCCAGACCGACGACCACGUCCAAGCAACUUGAAGCGGACGAAAUCGCCGAAGGUGUUCGCCACACCACCAAUAAAAUCAAACGAUUCCGGCCAAAAGUCGUAUGCUGUGUUGGGAAAAUCGUUUUCCAA